GAUCUGAGCCGUGCAGAGUUAAUGAUGAUGGCCAUUGCUGAUGUCAUCAAUCAGCUGGUCGAGGCGCAUGAACAGGGAAAAUACAUCAACCUCAACAAGUAAGAACCUAACCCUAACCUAACCCUAACCCUAACCCUAACCUAACCCUAACCUACAGCUCUCCAUGGACUGCCACCUAGCUAAAGCCCGAAGGUAAGUGUCUUGUGACCCACCAAGUAAACAAAGCAUUAUUUCUUGCCAGAAACCCGUCUUAUUCUCAAACGAACUUGGCUGCAACCAUCAUUUGGGAAACCUUGUGUUGUGUGGAAUGAUAAUCUGAGCCAACGGGACGAAAUAGGGAGGGACCAAUCAGAAUUUGUCCAAUAUAUAAACUUGUAUUUUCAGUUCAGUUGCAAAACAUUUUGCUACGGUUUACUACGCAGUGCACUAAUGAAUACACCCCUGAAUGGACCCGCUCUAACCUCUAACACUCCUUUACACUUCGUCAUCAGGGUGAAGACCAAGUGCUCUGCCCAGGCUAGUAGACGUCAUAGCUGCUGUUCCACCCCACUACCGACGUGCCCUGGUGCCUAAACUCAAGACCAAGCCUAUCUGCACUGCCAGCGGGGUACGUACCUGUGUGUGUGUGUGUUUGAGGGUCUGUCUGUCAGCUUCAAAUGGACAAGAAAUAAAAAAAAAAUGACCCUUUUUUUAGUUUCUGACGAGACACGUGUGCUUGUGUCUCUUUGUCCAGAUUGCAGUAGUUGCUGUGAUGUGCAAACCCCAUCGCUGCCCUCACAUCAGCUUCACUGGAAACAUCUGUGUGUGAGUGCAUAGUAACAGAUCAACUUCUCGCUUAAGACGGUAAAACUAGAAGAAUUCUGAUCAUAAUGUUGUAUUGAUUUAUAAAGAGGAACCAAUCUGUUUUCUGCUGUGACAGACUCAGACUCAGUCUUACACUGGCUACGAGGUAAAUCAACGCUACUGUAGUCCAGAACCUCAACAUCUCUGUGUGUUGUCUAAAAGUCUAGUGUUCUUUCUCUCUGUCAGCCGACACCUAUGAGAGCCACCAGAGCGCGUUAUGAUCCCCAUCUGCAGACCAGACAUCGAGUGGAACAGGUCAGUGACACACACACAGUGCAGUACCCCACUAUAAUUUUUUUACCAGAUGAUAAUAGUAAUAAUAAUAAUAAUUCACAUUAGAAAUAUGGGAAGUCACGUCAUUCACCGCUGCACUACAUGUGUAGCAAGGUAACCAACUUUUGGCUUUGCCCCUGUUCUGAGAGGAGGCCCUAUACAUCACUGAACAUAUGUUUUCCUGUCCAGUUGAAGCAGCUGGGCCACAGUGUGGAGUUCAUAGUGAUGGGAGAGACCUUCAUGGCCCUGGCUGAGGAGUAUUGA